ACUUCCAUGAUUUGUUCGCAUCUACGAAUGUUCGUAAUGCAAGGUUACUAUAAACAAAAAUUCCACCAGAGAAAAUGCUGAAAUCAGAGUUACGGAUACAUGAGAUUUGAUUUGCUGGAUGAAAUACAGCAGUUAAUAAUUGUAACCUGGGGAGAGAGCCCAGAUUGCCAGAUUACAUGUGUAAAUCACUGCGUUAUUGCUUUAGUCAUUGUCUCUAUUUAGCAAUGACAAGGCUGGAAGAAGCGAACAGAGAAGUGAACAUGCAUUCUUCAGUGCGCUAUCUUGGCUAUUUAGCCAGAAUCAAUUUACUAGUAGCUAUAUGUUUAGGUCUUUAUGUAAGAUGGGAAAAAACAGCAAAUUCCUUAAUUUUGGUAAUUUUUAUUCUUGGCCUUUUUGUUCUUGGAAUUGCCAGCAUACUCUAUUAUUAUUUUUCAAUGGAAGCAGCAAGUUUAAGCCUCUCCAAUCUCUGGUUUGGAUUCUUGCUUGGCCUCCUAUGCUUUCUUGAUAAUUCAUCCUUUAAAAGUGAUCUGAAAGAAGAAUCAACCAAAUAUUUGCUUCUGACUUCCAUAGUGUUAAGGAUACUGUGCACUUUGGUGGAGAGAAUUUCUGGUUAUGUCCGUCAUCGCCCUACCUUACUCACCACAGUUGAAUUUCUGGAACUUGUUGGAUUUGCCAUUGCCAGCACAACUAUGUUAGUGGAGAAGUCCCUGAGCGUCAUUUUACUUGUUGUAGCUUUGGCCAUGCUGAUUAUUGACCUGAGAAUGAAGUCUUUCCUAGCUAUUCCAAACUUAGCUAUUUUUGUGGUCUUACUGUUUUUCUCCUCAUUGGAAACUCCUAAAAAUCCCGUUGCGUUUGCAUGUUUUUUUAUUUGCCUGGUAACUGAACCUUUCCUUGACAUUUAUUUUAGUGGCCUUUCAGUGACUGAGAGGUGGAAACCCUUUUUGUACCGUGGAAGAAUUUGCAGAAGACUUUCAGUCGUUUUCAGUGGAAUGAUUGAACUUACAUUUUUUAUUCUUUCAGCAUUUAAGCUUAGAGACACUCAUCUCUGGUAUUUUGUAAUACCAGGCUUUUCCAUUUUUGGAAUUUUCUGGAUGAUUUGCCAUAUUAUUUUUCUUUUAACUCUUUGGGGAUUCCAUACCAAAUUAAAUGACUGCCAUAAAGUAUAUUUUACCCACAGGGUAGAUAACAAUAGCCUUGAUAGAAUCAUGGCAUCCAAAGGAAUGCGCCAUUUUUGCCUAAUUUCAGAGCAGUUAGUUUUUUUCAGUCUUCUUGCAACAGCGAUUUUGGGAGCAGUUUCUUGGCAGGUAAGCUUACAGUUUAUUAUGUCAGUGUCUAUGAUGUAUGAUGAAAUGUUCGCUUCAAGUGUUGAAUUAUUAGAAUUGAAAGAUCAAGUUCCUCAUUUCAGAAGAAGAUUCUUUUUUGGCACUUAUUUAAUUUUGUUAAUGGAACUGAAGUAUUUAAUUAUAAAUAAAGAAUUAAAAUGUGAUAUAGAAUUAAUACUUCUUAAAUACCAAAAUAAUCUUUUUUUCUCAUUCAGUCCUGAUGGUCAGCCAACACUUCUUCCCCCAGAACAUGUACAGGAAUUAAAUUUAAGGUCUACUGGCAUGCUCAAUGCUAUCCAAAGAUUUUUUGCAUAUCAUAUGAUUGAGACCUAUGGAUGUGACUAUUCCACAAGUGGACUAUCUUUUGAUACUCUCCAUUCCAAACUGAAAGCUUUCCUUGAACUUCGGACUGUGGAUGGACCUAGACACGAUACGUAUGUUUUAUAUUACAGUGGGCACACCCAUGGUACAGGAGAGUGGGCUCUUGCAGGUGGGGACGUAUUACGCCUUGACACACUUUUAGAAUGGUGGAGAGAAAAAAAUGGGUCCUUCUGUUCCCGACUUAUUAUUGUAUUAGACAGUGAGAAUUCAACCCCUUGGGUGAAAGAAGUAAGAAAAAUCAACGACCAGUAUAUUGCAGUGCAAGGAGCAGAGAUGACAAAGUCAAUAGAUAUCGAAGAAGCUGACCCACCCCAGCUGGGUGACUUUACAAAAGACUGGGUGGAGUAUAACUGCAACUCCAGUAGUAACAUCUGCUGGGCUGAGAAGGGACGCACAGUGAGAGCAGUGUAUGGUGUGUCCAAGCAGUGGAGCGACUACACGCUGCACUUGCCGACCGGAAGUGACGUGGCCAAGCACUGGAUGUUACACUUUCCUCGCAUUACGUACCCACUAGUGCAUUUGGCAAAUUGGUUGUGUGGUCUGAACCUUUUUUGGAUCUGCAAAAGUUGUUUUAGGUGCUUGAAAAGGUUAAAAAUGAGUUGGUUUCUACCUACUGUGCUGGACACGGGACAAGGCUUCAAACUUGUCAAAUCUUAAUUUGGAGCCCAAAGUGGAAUAUUAUUGAGAGUUCGUACUAACUUGCCAUGUUUUGUAUUUUUUAGUUGUGAAAAAUAUCUUGCUACUCCUGUAGCUGCUCUCACUUUGUCUUUUCUCAAGUAUUAUGGUAUAUGUAAGGUGUUGGGAAUAAGCAUUAUUUUAUACUAAAAGUAUGUAGAGAGUCAUAAAUUCUGACUCUAGAUGCAUAACAGAUUUUAAAAAUAAUGCACUUUGAGGAAUGUUUGCAUAUAUCUCUGAUCAGAAAGAAAACACUUGUCUGCUCUACAGUGGCCAAUGAAAAAUUACUAAUGCCUUAUUUUCUAGGCAUAGAUUAGAGGAUGUAGAGCAGACAAUUUGUUUACUGUUAUAAGAAAACUACGAAUUUGCUUACAGAAGAAUAUUUUUGUGAACAGUAAGUUUGAGUCCAAGACCAUUUGAAAACUCUUUCUUAGGAAUGGAAAAAGGAAAAAUUCUGCCUGAAAUGAAUGCAAAAUUUGCUUAUAGUCCAUCACUUUCAGAUGUCUUGGUUGUGACCUGUUACCAGUAUAGCAGAGAAACCCAAAUCAUUGUUUAGGUCAAAACCUUUUUUAUGUUGGUAACUUCAGAAGCGAGAGCCUACGAGUUGCUCCUUAAUGCAUUGUUGAGGGCUUCUGAAAGUUCUGGUAAUUUUAAGUCUUUCUCAGGAUAACCAUACUUUCUUAAUGAACAAUGUUUUCAGCCACACAUUCCUUCCAAAUAAAUUGUCUUCCCUUUCAAAAAGUAUCUUAUAAAAGAAAGUUAGCAAUUUCUCAUUGAUUUGGGCUAUUUUCUCAGAAAUGAUUUUGAUCUCUAUAAAGUUAAUGUUCUGCCAUGAAAAUUAUGUUUCAAAUCCCCAUUAGUGAUAACAUUUUUUUAAACUAAAAGUCAAAGGAUUGGAAACAGGUCAAUUUUUCUUGUAUACAUGUAAUUUAUUAUGUAAAAAAGUAUUCAUAUUGACAAUUUUAGUUAAGCAUAAUGGUAUGGUUGUAAUUUUUCAAACUUGUUUUGUGUGAUUAAAGCAGAAACUGACCAGGAUAACCCCUAACAGGCAAUUUACCUCCUAUUUCCAUCUAGAAAUCCUUACAUUCUAAAUUUUCAUCUCUGGGAAAUAACAAGAAAGGAAUAUAAUUGAAUUGUGGAUAAUCUAAUCUUUGUUGUUAAAAUGGUGUCACUUCUCACCAUCAAAGCCAUUUUUUCAGCCUCAGAAAGAUGAAAUACUGCCUCUACCAUUUUCUACUGAUGACUUAAAAAUUGAAGUUUUGAUUAGGAGGAAGUCACUAAGCGUCAGGGAACUUGUAUACCACUAUCUAUGCAGCAUUGUUAAAGUCUGAUUAUUUCUGUGUUUUGAAUAUGAUUUUCCUAAUAUUUUGAAUAAAAGUUUGUUAAGAAUUAAUUUUUCAUGUAAUGUGCAAGUAACAGUUAUUGAAUAUUUUAGUACAUUAAAAGUGAUAGUCAUAAAAAAUGCCCAUGCAUUAGAGUUCGUGGUUGGUAACAGGUUGAUUUGAAAAGUUCCAGUAUUUGGUUACAUAUUUAAUAUCAACAUCAUUCAAAUAGAAUAUAAUGUUUCAUUACUAUUCAGAAAUAGUAUAACAGAAAAACCAAAUGUUAAAAUUAUGAGUUUAUAGCUGCAAAACACAGUUAAAUGUUAAGUAAAAUCUUUUAAAUUUCUGAGCCAAUAUUGAGCAAAUUAGCUUUAACUAAAGCAUGUAUCUGUACCCUGAGAAAGCCAAAUAAUCUGCAGUCUUUAUAAAGUAUUAAGAUGGUGCUAAAAAUCAUAUCCGCAAGGUAGCAGACACUUUUACAACCACAAAGAUAAUAUUUAGACACACAUUUUCUAUGAUAAGUACAACCAAAAAAAAAAAAGCCUGGGCUAAAAGUGUGACUUGAGCCAAUUUAUUACCCAAAAGUUAUAGAAGCUCCACUUUAAUGAAUUCUCCUACCCAAACAAACAAACAAACAAACAAACUGUAAAUGACUCAUAGGAGACGGCAUCCUAAAUUAAAGCUGCCAAUUUUAAAACAGUAAUGUAACUGAUAGUGUAGAGAGGGAAUAUUAUGGGAAGGAUAAAUUGGUUUUACUUGAUUAAAAAAUAGAUCUGACAGUUAAUGAGGCUAAUUUUAUCAUGGCUUUCAUUUUAUAUAUGAGUAUAUAUUUAGGAAGGAGUUACUUGGAGUGAUAGGAAUUAUUUUAGGGCAAAACCCUACCAUUCCACUAAAAAAUCAAUAACAUGGAGAUAUUUUUCAAGAUACUGUUGACUGAAUUUGUUUCCUUACAUGAUACCUUGCUAAAGCCGUAAAAACACUACUCCUUAAAAACAUCUAUUUAAAAAAUACACAGUGUUAUGUGAUAAAUGAAGGAGCCAAGAUCUUUCCCUUCCCAUAACUUUUCAGUUACACUAUUGUUUUAUUAAAAAUUUUGCUUUAGUUU